AUGAGAUGGCCACCAACACUCUUCACUGGAGGAGGAAGAAGAGGAGAUGAUGAGCUGGCGACUGUGAAAGCUGCGGCCUGGGCUUGGUAUCAAAGAAACGAAGGAAAACCAAUGAUUAGAGAAUUCGAUCUGACAACAAGAGCCACACGGACACCUCGACCUUCGCGGUACAAGCUCGAGGCCAAGAAGAACAUGAUCCUCUCCGAGAAUAGAGUAUCUAAACCGUACAAUGAUCCUUUGUUGCGUGUAGAUCAAGAAACCCAGUUCUCUAGUCUCCUAGACCCUUAUGAAAUCAAAAGUAUAUCCAAGAGAAUUAAUGAGGGUUCUUUGCCUGCUAAUCGGGCCAGUGUUUACCGGCAUGAUCAUGGUCAUCAUUAUAAUAAGCUUGAGGAUGAGAGUAAAAAGGAGAAUAGGUUGGUGAAAAAGGUGAGCAUGAGAAAUUUGUGGAAAGGAAUGAUUCUGAUGGCUCCAAGGACAGGUUGUGGGAGAAGUGAUGACGUGGAUCUUGGGGCUUAUCGGUCUGGUCCAAGAAUAGUAAAAGUUGCACCGACGACUGUUAAUACGCGAAUUCACCGUCGCUAA